AACAAGUUUUAAUAUUGUCAUGUGUGUCGAGGUAUAAUCAAAGACUUUGUUUUGCAUGCUAUCCAAACUAGGAGUUCCAUACAUAAAUGCAAUAAAGUCAAACUCAAGUACAAUAGGUAGAGUGAAGAGAAAGAUAUAGAAUAUAGUUCACAGCAUUGCAGCACAACAGUUCCAGAGACAAAGUCCAAUGUCCACAUUGAAGUAGAGGUGAAUCAGACUGUACCAUAGUUUACCGAAGGACUGUUCAGAAACCUGAUAACAGAUGGAAAGAAGCUGUUUCUGAGUCUGGCGUUGUGGUUGUUUUUAUUGGGAACUGGAUAAUCGCUGAUUUGAACAGGCCAGUUCGAGUCCUACUGUUCAAUCCCAGUGUUGCUUUCGUUAGUGGCUGUGCUGUCGAUCGUUACCACGCAUGAUUGGUUGAUAUUUUGACUACUGGAGCGGGCACCUGUUGUAUCCCAUCAAUCCCGGACUGAGGCAGAGAAGACGCGAGGGGCAGCCGGAGACCUCAGCACUGCAUAAAGUCAGGACUUUCCUACAACGCAGCCUUACUACAGACAAGAUAAGAUCAGAUGCUACGUAAACAAAAGUUACUUUCUUUACAAUCUAACCUAACCGGAAUGACUGGUGGCAGUUGCUUUCUGACUUCAAGCAAGGGAGGAACAAUUCCCUAAUGACCUGACAUGGAACAAGACAUCUCUGCAUCAGUUGAGGAAGACCUUGCCGAGGCAAUACAGGAGAUAACAGCCACAAGAUGAAACUCUGCUAAAUUCAGAUGUUCCUUGUUUGAAGAUGAGUAAAAAGAUCAGUGAAAAAUUAGAUGACACAGAGAAGGAGCAAGAUGAAUUACAAAUCGAGGAGAUAACGGCAGAUACAUCCAAAGGCGCAAGGGACAAACCAAAGACAUGUCAGAAAUCAAGUACUGAAGCGCCAAAGGAGAAAACACUCAGCAGCAAGAAGACUGAGGAAGUGAAAUUGCAAAAAGUGCCCGUUGAAAGAAUUCAGGCGAAGCACACCGGUGAUGAGGAUCCUUGGGUGUACAUCACUUUGAAUAGGUGCAUCAUUGCUGCUGCUGUUAUAGUGGUUCUCAGCAUGGGUGUCCAGCUGAUUGUGGGUAUUUUUGAUGUGGAUGAUUCAUCAGUGUUGGCGUAUUCUGACAUGCUGCUCGAUGAUGAAGAUUUGAAAUUGGCAGAAAGAACAAUGGUCGAGAAUCCAGAUCUGACUUCAGAUGCCGAGGAAGCCAUCAGUGAACUUGAGAAGUUUGUUAUUGGGACUCCUGCCAGGACUGAAUUGAAAAAGCCAUGUAUUACUCUGAAGGGAAAGACAGGAGGCUGCAAAGCUGAGGUGGCCAACAAAAAGCAGAUCUCUCCUCACAUUAAAGAGAUCAAAAGCAUUAAAAGUAGCUAUAAGCCAAGAGAUAAAGACUCAGAACCCAGAUCGGGCAAGGACAGGAAAGACCACAAGAUCGAAGUUGAAAAGAAAGAUGAUAAGCACUUCAAAAAGGAGGAUAAACACAGGGGCCACCUUGAGCAGCACUUCAAAGGAGGAGACAGCAAGAAGUUGUCCAAGGGCAAAGAAGAGGGAUGCGAUAAGGGGAGUAAAUUUAAUCAGCACCAUUUUCCAAGACGACCAGAUAAAAAUGUUAAACAAGAAACACACAGCAAACACCAAGGCCGGUACAAAGACUUUGAAAAGCACAAGCAUUACUUCAAGCAAAACGACAACAAAAAGCACGAUUACAAAGUUCAUAAAGAAUAUUCCAAGUACAGAGUGGGCAAGCGUGGUAAACACUAUGGAAUCGAAAACAUCUUUAAAAAGAGUGGGAUGGGAAAACACUUUGGUAAAAAUAAAUUCAAAGAGAGUCGAAAACACGAAUAAUUAGGUUCAAGGUCAAAUUAAACGCAGUCAUUACGACCCCGCGAUGUCUAGAAGUAUUUCCAGUAAACCUUCCAAGCAGUAAUGCUUAUUUAUAUCAGUGAAGUGUAACAUUUCUAAAUAAAAGUAGUUAUUGUUGCACUAAAUUAGAAUCUCCUUGUAAGAAAAAAAAUUGAUUUGCUGGAAUAUGAGAUGAAACUGUUUUUAAUAAAAUGCUGCCACAAAGGUGUUUUUAAGUCAUUUGGAAAAUAAGUUAGACGGGGAUGGAAAGCAUUACCUACCUUUGGAAUCUCCGACGUGGAACAAGGAAUGAAGAAAGAUCGCAAGGAAAUGAUUGAAUCCCUGUUUACCAAACUAUAGUAUAAUAGAUUUUGUGUUCUCGUAUUUUCUUUGGUGGAUUAAACAAAGUAAAUAUUCUGA